GGGGCGGGGCGAGCAGCAAGCGAAGUAGCAGAAGAUCUGAGGAAAAGGCUGGUUUUGGUGGUUUUUUAUGUUGUGAAGCGCAACUUAUGGCUUGAAUAUUUCCACAACAAUGCAAUGAAAGGACAGUUCUUCAGUUAGUAUAGCACAAUGAUUUCGCCAGAUGUCAUCUAAACUAAGAGCUCAGUUGGCACCCCUGUCACAAACAGAGAUUCUAACCUACUGGCUGCUAUCAUUUGGCUCUCACCUGUACUCUUUCUAUCAACUGUACAAAUUCUCCAAAGAGUAUGAAGGGAGAUUAGAGAGAGAAUUUCAGCUGGAGGAAGGCCUAAUUAGUAAUUUAAAAAGGGACCCCUCAGACUUUGAAUGGGCUUUCUGGAUGGAAUGGGGUAAGAAAUCUUUACUGUGGACACUGAUUGGACAUGGGGUGAUAUCGAAGUUGACCAGCAUCUUUUACCCCAAGUUUAGGGUACCAGUCCUCACAGUAUAUGGCCUUGUAUCAGCCGGCAGCGUUUUAGGAGUAAAAGGCAUGACUGUGCUGCUGGUACAUCUCGGCUUGUCGUUCUCCGUGGCCCAGGUGAGGACCCCUGUCCUGUCAUGGGCCUGCAGCCUGCUGCUGCUCUGUACUCUUCACAUUCAGCCCUUACAAGAGAUCCAGAAGAAGUGGUAUGAGAGUGAGGAGGAGUACUAUCUGCUGCUGUUCAGCAUCGCUGUCUGUGGUCUACGCUUCAUCAGCUUCAGUCUGGAACAUUGCUCGUGUCCCCAGGAACCAGGUGGAGUUUUGCAGCUCUGCUGGUUGCUUUCAUACACUUUCUACCAUCCCUUUUUCUACAAUGGACCCAUUAUCACUUACAAAAACUACAUUCAGCAGAUGCAGAGAUCAGCUGAAAAUAAUGCCAGGAACAAAGCUUCUCUCAUUUACUUGGUACUCAGAGCUGGGAGAAUCUUUCUUUGGUGGCUCACUGCAGAAUACAUGAUCCAUGUAAUGUACAUGCAUUCCAUCCAGACUAAUGAAACCUACUUGGAAAUUCUUCCUCCAUGGGCUUUGGGGGGUCUGGCCCUGGCACUGGUGCAGUUCUUCUAUGUGAAGUAUCUGGUACUGUUUGGAUUUCCUUCUUUGUUGGCUACACUGGACAACCUCAUUCCCCCGAAACUUCCCCGGUGUGUGAGCAUCAUGUAUAGUUUCACCGAGAUGUGGAGACAUUUUGAUGAAGGGUUGUAUCGAUGGCUCAUCAGGUACAUUUACGUGCCACUGGGAGGUUCACGGCAUGGCCUUCUUUGCAAAAUGUUAUCCACUGGCCUGGCCUUUGGAUUCGUCUGCCUCUGGCACGGCGGCCAUGACUAUUUGCAGUACUGGGCCCUGAUGAAUUGGGCUGGAGUUCUGGUGGAAAAUGGAUUGAAGACUCUGUUUGCCUCGUCUUAUAUUCAUUCCAUUGUCGAGCGGAAUCUCUCUCCAGCAAUGAAAAGGCGAUGUGUUGCCCUUCUCUCUGCCUUCUCCACUGCCGUGCUCAUCCUCUCUAAUCUGGUGUUCCUUGGGGGCAUACAUGUUGGCAGAAUCUUCUGGAAGCGCAUUUUUGUUCAAGGUUGGUCCACUUUGGCGCCACCCAUGUUGAUGUUCCUUUACUGCUUUGCUCAGAUUGGACUUGAGUGGACAUCUCGGCCAGCGUGAGUCACCUUGACUUUGCAUCGGUGUGAGACUCCCUGCUUCCAUAGAACCAGACCAGCCUGCUGAGUCCAGAGUCUUGUCUGUGGGAGGCGGAGUCUCUGUGGCGAACCUGGCUCAUGUCCAGGCAGCCCGUCCAAAUCUGGCUCGAGUGCAGCUGAGCAACCACUUUUCAGUAUCUCACCACCUGCAGAACUGGAGGAAAGCUGGGAGUGAAAACAGAGGAUGAAAUAUUUUCUUCACUGGAACAAAAGUAUGUGCAUGUGUAAUGAAAUUUUAGCAUCGUCUCGAAGUGAAAUCUAAACUUCACUGCAGAAAAAUAUUACAGAUCGUGAGUUUGUCAUCAUUAUAUACUAACAUGAAAAAAUAGUUAUAAGUCUGGAAUUACAGCAGUCAGAAUCUGAUGAUGGAUGCAAAAGAUUGAAGGCGGGAAAAACAGCAGGAACCUAAUCGGUGUCAUUAUAGCUCCAGUUCCUGGGGGGGGGGGGGAAGUAAUAUGACAGUAAUGAGCAAUAUUUUUUUAUAUGUGUCACAAAACACAAACAAAAAGGAAACAAUUUGUAAUUGAACACAGUUACAAUAGCAGGUGAUUUGGAAUGGUAAAUUUUUAGGGCGAGAUGUGAAAAGCAUAAACUGCGAAUAGAUCAAAAAGAUGAAAACAUUUACUGCAUCACAGGUGUCAUAAAAGCCUGAAUUACACUUAGUCACCAGAGAAAUGAAAAUUGCAGAGGUUUCAUGCUACAGUACAUAUAUAACUGCAAAGCCACAAACAUGUUGAGAGAGACAAAGCGAGAAGGAAGAAGUGUCUGCUACAUUCAUACAGAAUCCUUUCAGCAGGGUCAUGUGGACUUAUUUCAGUUUUAGAAUGGGAAUAGCUUUAAAAAAAAAAAGCAUUUUCUUCAGUAAGUAUUU